GCUUCUCCGUCGCUGCACAAGCCACUGCCCAGUCAUGGAGGGAGAGGAGGAGCAGCCAGUCCAGGAGGCCAGCGUGGAGGCCGUUGUGACGUCAGAGGCUUCAGCAGCGGUGCCCAGGGUGCGUUCAGGAGAACCGCAGAACCUGUGUAUGUCUGCCCGGGGUCUGGGCUGCUGGGGCGGGCACGGAGACCAUGCUGACGUGGAUGCCUUCAACCUGCUCCUGGAGCUGAAGCUGACACGGCGGCGUGAACAGCCCGACCUGCCUCGCACUGUCACCCAGCUGGUGGCCGAGGAUGGGAGCAGGGUGUACGUGGUUGGCACAGCCCACUUCAGUGAUGACAGCAAGAGGGACGUCGUGAAGACCAUCCGGGAGCUGCAGCCCGACGUGGUGGUUGUGGAGCUCUGUCAGUACCGGGUGUCCAUGCUGAAGAUGGACGAGCGGACCCUGCUGCGGGAGGCCAAGGAGAUCAGCCUGGAGAAGCUGCAGCAGGCCGUGCGGCAGAAUGGACUCAUGUCGGGGCUUAUGCAGAUGCUGCUGCUGAAGGUGUCUGCCCACAUCACCGAGCAGCUGGGCAUGGCCCCCGGUGGCGAAUUCAGAGAGGCCUUCAAGGAGGCCAGCAAGGUCCCCUUCUGCAAGUUCCACCUGGGCGACAGGCCCAUUCCCGUCACCUUCAAGAGGGCCAUCGCCGCACUCUCCUUCUGGCAGAAAGUCAAGCUGGCCUGGGGCCUGUGCUUCCUGUCAGACCCCAUCAGCAAGGACGACGUGGAGCGCUGUAAGCAGAAGGACCUGCUGGAGCAGAUGAUGGCUGAGAUGAUCGGCGAGUUCCCAGACCUGCACCGCACCAUCGUCUCCGAGCGCGACGUCUACCUGACCUACAUGCUGCGGCAGGCCGCCCGGCGCCUUGAGCUGCCACGCGCCUCUGACGCCGAGCCCAGGAAGUGCGUCCCCUCCGUGGUUGUGGGAGUCGUGGGCAUGGGCCAUGUGCCCGGCAUCGAGAAGAACUGGAGCACCGACCUCAACAUCCAGGAGAUCAUGACCGUCCCCCCGCCGUCCAUCUCCGGCAGAGUCUCCCGGUUGGCCGUGAAGGCUGCCCUCCUUGGCCUGCUGGGCUACGGCCUGUAUUGGAUGGGCCGCCGCACCGUGAGCCUUCUCUUGGCACUGCCUGCCGCACAGCACUGCAUCCAGAGGGCAUCUGCCGCCCGGCCGGACCAGUAGGACGGCACUGCAGCACCGAGGGAGCGCCGAGCAGGGCCAGCAUGGGAGGGAGCCCCCGGGGCCGAGCCCACCCAAGCCCUGUGCCACCCUGUGGGGAUCCGGGGCCUCACAGGCCCUCCCUCCAGGCCUCUCUCAGUCCUCCCAGCCCACCCAAAGAAAGGGUUAUCUUACUGAGCUCAGGCCUCCCAAUAGACAGACACACAGACACAGACACGCACACAGACAUGCACACAGACACACACACACAGACAUACAGACACGCACACACACAGGCGCAAGCUGCUGGGCCUGGCCAGGCCCUCCUCACUGUGCCUUCUCUGCUGGCGGCAGCACUGGCCCGGGAGCACCCUGUGCCGGGUCCCGGGGCCAGCAAGUUGGGAGGGCUGGGCGCCUGUGCAGCUCUGUGGCCUGGGCUUGUAGCAGCUGGCCCACCUGGACUUGCCUGCAGCAGCCCUGACCCCAGCUCUGCCUGCAGAGGUUGCGUGUUUGUGACUUUUUUAAGUGUCUGGAAAUUUUUUACUCAGGUAACUUUAACUUCAAACAAAAAAACAAAACUGAAGCAAAUGUCAGGAAAUACAAGCCUUAAAUCUG